AUGAGACGUGACUGUGAGUAUAUCAAAGGCGAUGUGGAGCGGUAUAACGAGUGCGCGAACCGGGAUUACGGGGAACACCAUAAGCGACUAUCCAAUCACCGGAGUCACUAUAAAAAAGAUCGUAAGCAGGGUCAUCGAAAUUGUUACAAAGACUUUCAAGAGUCCAUGCGCUCAUUUAACCAGGAGGGUGGCUAUAAUAAGUUCAAUCAGUGCUUCCGUAACAAUUUGAACAAGGAACAUAUUAGACGCUGCGAGAAUAAUGAAUAUGAAUAAACAAGAUUCAGCCAGACCAUAAAAUUAGAUUUUGAAAUGCACAAUU